GCUUAGCAUACACAACAACAGCAACAACCACUACUUUCUCGUUUCAUUCACACCCCAUCAGAGCAAUGCCUCCAGCCUCUGCGCCUUUAAUCCCAUUCUCAUGAUUUGAAUUGAACCACCUCCCUUACAACUCGCCUCCUAGCGUCCGACACCCUCCCUCGCAACGACCUACCUACUCGAAAAUAUUUCCUGUCUCCGCUGUCCGCAUAUCCCUCCGCCCGCUGCUACCCUCCCUCCCUCUCUACCUACCUACCUACCUACCUACCAUUGAAACAUAACGACAUCGUCGCUUGACACCCUUAUCGGAUUAGGCGAAACUACACUGCCGUAAAUUACGCGCAAUCGCAAACAAAUAAACAAUGAAAGACCCGCGCGCCAGCAAGAGAAGACGGGUGUCGGAUGUGGAUGUGGAUGUGGAUGUACAAGUUGUGGACGAAGACGGCGAUACGGCGAUGCGCGACGAUGCCCAGGAUGGAUCGCCUAGACCCGAGACGCAACUAGUGGAGCAGACCACGGAGAUAGAAGCGCCGGCUUCGUCGUCGAGGUCGAAAAGGCGGCGGUCUUCACAGGGGGGGACGGUGGCUGAGACUGAGAAUGGGGAUAAGAGUGAGAAUGGGACGAAUGCUGCGGCGGAGACGCCCUCGAGGGCUGGGGUGCGGUCGAGUGGACGACAGCGCAAAGCGCCGGUGAGGUAUGGGGAGGAGGCUGUGGACACGCCGACUGGGAAGGGGGGAGUAUCGGUGACUGGGUCUGCGAGGAGUGCGAGGAGGGUGAAAUAUGAGGAGGAGGAGGAGGAGGAGGAGGAAGUGGUUGAGGCGUUGCCGCAGCCGAAGAGACGGCCGGCUAGGACGCGGUCGAAGAAGGUGUCUGUUCGGUUUGAGGAUGCGGCAGAGGAUAAGCCCAAGAAGAAGAAGGAGGAACAGGAAGAGACUUCUACUCCGGAUGAUUAUCAGGAUGGGCUGGAGGAUCUCGUGUCGAUGCAGCUACAACAGGACCUGGCGAACAAUGAGCUGACGGAGGCUGCGGUGGAUGAGUCUACGCUCCAGGGAGCACCGCUUCCGGACUACGCGGAACGGUUCCAAUCCCUGGUUCACACUGGGUUGGUGGAGGAGCUGCGGGUGUUGACUGGAAUUGUCACGGAGAAGCUGAACGGCAAACGACGGGUGCCUUUGAAAGGGCUGGAGCCCGAGUACCACAAGGUCAACCACCUCAUCGAGCAGACGGUUACAGUGGGAGAGGGGAACUCGAUGUUGCUGCUGGGGUCGCGCGGGUGUGGAAAGUCGGCCAUGGUCGAGACGAUCCUCGCAUCACUGGCCAGGUCGCACAAGAAUGACUUCCACGUUGUCCGUCUCAAUGGGUUCUUGCAUACGGACGACCGGCUGGCGCUUCGUGAGAUGUGGCGGCAGCUUGGCCGUGAGACCAACACCGAGGAUGAGGCCGGGAAGGUGAGCAGUUACGCCGACACCAUGGCCACGCUGCUGGCGAUGCUGUCCCACCCGGAAGACCUCUAUGGGCCAUCUGACGAGCCUGGAACGGCGACGGCGGCCAAAUCCAUCGUCAUCAUCCUGGACGAGUUCGACUUGUUUGUCACGCACCCCCGCCAGACCCUCCUGUACAACCUGUUUGAUAUCGCGCAGGCGCGCAAGGCUCCCAUCGCGGUGCUCGGGCUCACCACCAAGGUGGACGUGACGGAAAUGCUGGAGAAGCGGGUCAAGAGCCGAUUCAGCCACCGAUACGUCUACGUGCCGCUCCCCCGGACCCUGGAGACGUUCUCGGACAUCUGCCUCGCCGGGCUGAACGUGGAGGACGAGGAAGUCUCGGAGGUGCUGGACAAGGCCGAUGCCCAAGAACAGGCGGUGCUCCAGUCUGACCGCUGGGCGCGCUUACUGGAGGGAUGGAGGGCCUAUCUGCAGGGCUUGUGGAUCGACGAGGCGUUCGCGGCGCACCUCCGACGGAUUUACUACCAGACCAAAAGCGUGAAAGAGUUCUUCACGAGCGCGCUGAUUGGGAUGAGCGACCUGCACCACAGCACGUCGACCCCGUCCCUCGAGCUCCCCACAGCCACCACCUUCACCAGCCAGACGCUGUCCUGCCCGGACCCCGCGCCGCUGCCGUUCUCGGCGGCCAGCACUGCCUCCGCCAGCCCCUCGUCGCUGCCGCUGUCGCUGCUCCUCGCGGCGACGCGGCUCGCGGCGCUGUACGACCCCGGCCUGGAGACGACGACGCAGCCGCAGAGCGCAGCGCCACUGGCGCUGUCCUUCCCGGCGGCGUACGCGGAGUACGUCCGACUGCUGACGACGGCCAAGACGUCUGCGUCGGUGUCGGGAGCGGCGGUGACGCCGGGUCGGGUCUGGGGUCGGGACGUGGCGCGCGAGGCGUGGGAGAAGCUGGUCAGCUGGGGACUGAUCAGUGCAGUGGGAGGGGGAAGUGGCACGGCUGAUGGGCGGAUGUUCCGGGUGGAAAUCAGCUUCGACGAGGUGGUCGAGCUGGCCGGCACGGGAGGAUCACUGGGACGCUGGUGGCGGGACGGUUGAGUCCGUUAGGCUUUAGCAUGUCUCUCUGCACGGGGCAGCAGACUGUCUGUGAGACGAACCGACCGUUUAGCCGAGCCUGAUGGGUGGGUGGAUGCUUGCAUUGCAUGAAGCGGAGCAGUCUUGUCUAUCCUGCAACCGGAUGUAUCGUGUAUCUCGAGUUCUGGACAAGUCGAGGGGGAAAUGAGUCGAGUCUACCUUGCGAAAGCCUCGUGGGCAGGCAUGCAAUGCAACAAGCAGACUGGCCUAGUAGCGAGCUACUGUAGCUACUAGCCACUCAUCACCCCUGCCUUCACCUCAACAUCGCAUCACCGCAUGCCUGCAUACACCUACACCUAAUACCCAC